UGGACUGCAGCACGUUUGUUCAUUCAAGCCGAGUUAUUUUGUUAUGGCGAGGAAAGACAUUGCUGCGAGCUUUAGUAGAUGUGGAGAAUGUGGAACCACGCCCGCACUUUCCUGUUUAAGUUUAAUCCAUUCACUUGUGUUUAACACCCAGCAGUAAGCCAUUUUGCUGUGUAUUGGGUUAUGGAGAUGACAAAGCCUGGAGGACAGGGGAGAACAGAAAAGGAAUGGAGAAAAAAAGGGAGUUAAGGGCCAACUUCUGAGUCUGGGUGAUUGCUCACAGUCAGUAUCAAAAUUCCAAAAGAAUUUCCAUCUUUUUGAGCAUGCAAGAUGAAAUUGAGACAGAAGAGAUCAUCAAGGACAUUUUCAAACAAGGCAAAAUCUGCUUCAUCCCUCGGUACCGGUUCCAGAGCAAUCACAUGGACAUGGUGAGAUUAGCAUCACCUGAAGAGAUCUCUUUACUUCCCAAAACAUCCUGGAAUAUUCAUCAGCCCGCUGAGGGAGAUGCUCGAGAGGAGGCCUUAUCCACUGGUGGACUUGACCUCAUCUUCUUGCCAGGCCUUGGGUUUGACAAAGAUGGCAACCGGCUAGGGCGGGGCAAGGGCUACUAUGACACCUACUUGAAGCGCUGUGUGCAGCACCAGGAAGUGAAGCCCUACACCUUGGCUUUGGCUUUCAAAGAGCAGAUCUGCCCCCAGGUCCCAGUGGAUGAGCAUGACAUGAAGGUAGAUGAAGUCCUUUAUGAAGACUGCCCAGCAUCUUAAGUCAUAUGAUGACAGCCAUCCUCACUGUUUUGUACCAGUGUGAAGAAAGUAUGCGGAUUUCCCCCUUGUCAAAAAUAAAUCAAAUGGUACAUUAAAGUGAA